AUGAUAUCUCCAAAUCAGAAAUUAUCUAUACCUGAAUCAUGCUUACCAAAUAUUGACCAAGCUAGUAUAGUUGAAAAUUCUAUUAUUGCUUCGGAUAAGCAGAAACAGAAGAAGCUAAACGUGAAUUAG